AUUAAACAAACCUGGCCAUUUCGAGUUUUUUUAAUCAAAAUUUUUUUUUUAUUACGAGGAUGCAAAAAGGCAUCUCUCUCUGAUAUAAAUAUCUGACCAAAAAAACCAAACCCAUAAGAGAGAAGAUAGAAGAGAAGCGAAGACUUUUUUUUCUUUCCAAUACACUAGAAUGCGCCUAUAUCCGUGUCCGUUAUAGUACGCCUACAUCCGUCUGCCCCCGCUAGAAUGCGCUGGUCUCCGUGUGUCCGCCUCUCUUCGCCGUCUAAUGUCUGAACAAGAACUACUCCGCCAAUUCGAACAAGCAUUUGUCUUAAUGUGCAAAACCAAAAUGGGAGUCAAUGCUUCAGAGCCAAGACGAACACGUUCACGAUCUAGUCAAUCGCAAGGGAGGCAUCACCAUACUCCAUCGACGAGACGAUCUCCGUCAACAAGCACCACCGGCACAACAACAACCACCACCACCACCACGACUUCGACUUCUAACAAAACUAUCAAAACCGGCGCCUCCUCUUCCUCCACCUCAUCCUCCGGUGCGGCUUCUGCCUCAGUCGCUAGUCGAACGUCUCUCGCUAGUCUCCGUGAAUCUUUACCUGAGAAUCCUCACAUAUACAACGUCUCCGAGAUCCGUGCCGCCACCAACAAUUUCUUAGCUCAUCGCUUGUCUUCCUCUUCCUCUAAAGCCUCGUGGCGUUGCAAUCUCAGAGGCAAAGAAGUAGUUGUGUUCCAGAGAAAGUUCAGACGAAGAAUCGACAUGGAUGAACUCAGAGAUCGUCUUUCCGAUAUCUGCCGGAGCCACCACGGAAGCAUAAUCAAUCUACUCGGCGCUUCUGUAUCCGGCGGCGGAGGAGGAGGCGAUCACAUCUACCUAGUCUACGAAUACGUCAACGGAGCUUCUCUAGCUGAUUGCUUGAGAAACCCCAAGAACCCUAAUUUCACGGUUUUAUCGAAUUGGACUUCAAGGAUUCAGAUCGCGACGGAUCUAGCUCACGGACUCGAUUACAUCCACAACAAGACCGGUUUAAAGAUCGAUUACUUGGUUCACAACCACAUCAAGAGCUCGGCGGUGAUCGUGACGGAGCCAGAUUUCAACGCUAAGAUCUGUCACUUCGGAACCGCCCAGCUCUGCGGAGAAACUGAUGAAAUGUCGCCGGAGAGAGACGAAUCGAGGAACUCGAGGCGAUCCGAUAGCAGAGCCGUCAGAUUCGAAGGAGUCAGAGGCUACAUGUCGCCGGAAUUUCAAACGUCGGGAACCGCCACUCAGAAAUCAGACGUGUACGCUUUCGGGGUCAUGAUGCUGGAGCUUCUCUCCGGCGAGGAGCCGUUGAAGUACAGGUAUGAUAAAUCAACCGGAGAUUUCGAGCGGACGUCGGUGAUUGAAACGGCGGCAGCGGCGAUAGAUGAAGGGGACGGAGAUAAAGAAGGGAGGUUGAGAAGGUGGAUGGAUCGGAGAUUGGUUGAUUCGUUUCCGGUGACGGUGGUGGAGAAACUAACACGGUUGGCGUUGGACUGUGUACAGGAGGAACCGGGGAAUAGGCCGGAGAUGGGAAGAGUCGCCGGGAAAAUAUCUCAAUUGUAUUUGGAAUCGGAGAAAUGGUCAGCGAAUAUGAAACGGCCGACGGAUAUCACCGUCUCCUUCGCUCCCAGAUGAGCCGAAUCUUCUUUAUUCCAAUUUUUUUUAACUUUUCGAAAUUUGUAUAUUCGUUUUAAGUAAUUAGUAAGUAGGAUUAUUGUUUUGAUUUUUCACAAAUUAAUGAUUGACCAUUUGAUCUGGUUGUAAUUGUAAUUACGACAUCUCUUCUUCGUUUGAAGAUUGUUGAAGUUACUACUAGUUUUUCAAUUUGUUUA